AGAUUUCUUUUAAUCCCCAGCUGUUUGAAGUUUCUUUUUAGUGAGAUUAAUAAGAGCUUAGUUACUAGAGCUAACAACUUUUUCCCAGUUUGAUAGGUGUUGGGAAACAGUCUGCAGGGAACACAAGUCUGCUGAUAGGGAGCAAAAGACAGUGGAAGGAGUGAGUAAAAGUGGGUUGAAACGACAGAUGGAAUUGACUGAGCUCGAGAGUUCACUGAGAGAACAGGCAAUCAGAAGCUCACUCAUGGCUGGGAAACCCAAGCUUUAUUAUUUCAAUGGAAGGGGACGAAUGGAAUCAAUCCGAUGGCUUCUGGCAGCUGCUGGGAUUGAGUUUGUAGAAGAGUUUCUGGAAACAAGAGAACAAUAUGAAAAGUUACUUCAGGAUGGAGCCCUGUUGUUCCAACAAGUGCCCAUGGUAGAAAUCGAUGGGAUGAAGAUGGUGCAGACCAGAGCCAUUCUUGGCUACAUAGCAGCAAAACACAACCUUUAUGGGAAGGACCUGAAGGAGAGAGCCCUGAUUGACAUGUACGUGGAAGGGACAAGAGAUCUGAUAGACUUGAUCAGAGUCCACCAUAAAUUUUCACCUGAGGAACAGGAGAAAAAUCUGGCUUUAAUAAAUGAAAGGGCUACAGCCAGGUACUUCCCAGUCUAUGAAAAGGUUUUAAAAGAUCAUGGAACAGAGUUUCUGGUUGGAAACCAACUCACCUGGGCAGAUGUCCAACUGAUUGAAGCUAUACUGAUGGUAGAAGAAAAAGUGUCCACAAUUCUCUCCAAAUUCCCACUAUUACAGGAUUUUAAAACAAGAAUAUGUAACAUCCCUACAAUUAAGAAGUUUCUGCAACCUGGCAGCCAGAGGAAACCACCACCUGAUGAAAGUUAUGUAGUGACUGCAAACAGAGUUUUCAAUAGAAAAUAAAAGCUGGGUUCCAUUUACUGCGGUGAUUCCAUUCCACUGGGAAGGGAGAGUUUUGUAUUUAGCAGUAUACAGAAUGGACACUUAAAUGCAGAAGUCAAAUGAAAGUAUAUAAAAUAGUCUUUUAAAAAGCAUAUUUGAAAGAGAAAUCCACAGCUAGUAUAUUAUUCACAAAUACUAUUUGAAACCAUAACAUGCUGUGAAAAACAUGUUGGACAAAGUUAGAUUAGUAAAUAAAUAACUUUAAAAAUGGAAAAAAUUAUUCAGAUUUGAAUAAAUGAUGUCUCAUUGCUCUUGUUUCAAUGCAACUUUUUCUGACAAUUUUGAAAGCUAAGCAGACAAAAGAGAGAGGAAAUAUUUUAUAUUUUAAUAUGGGAUCAAAAUAUAUAUUGAAAAACUGGGAAUCUUCAAAUUCCACUAGAAUAGAAAGACUAGGAGUUGAACUGAGUUAUACAAGAAGAAAUGGAAUAAACCUAAUUUUGGUCUAUCAAGGAUUCUAAAUAGAGAUAAUUUUACCUCAGAAAAUAUAUAUUUUUUAAAGCAUCUGAUCCUCAAACAUUUUGAAAAAUAGUAAAAAUAUGACUCAUCACAUUAUUAAAUCAAAUCAACAACCAAGUCAAUCUCACUUUUCCAAUAUUUUGCUAUUUUUCAUUAAAGUUGUUUUCCCCUCCAUUGAAAAUUGGGAAAUGUUCAUAAAUAUUAAUUAUAACAAUGUACACAGCUACUAUCCACAUUAUGUUAGAGACCUAGAAGGAACUCUGCCACACACCAUAAACUAACUAGCAGGGUAAAUGUUUCUUCUAUAAAUCACAUGAAAACAGGUGUUUGUUACUGAAGUCAUGAUGUCACUGUUUGAUAUUGUCCUCAGAAGCUUGCUAAGUUGCCCAGGGAGUAUCAGCCCACCCAACUUUGAUCCUGCAGCAAACAAUAUCUUGUACCCCAUCCUUAGAGGUGGGAAGGAUAUUCAAUCAGGUGAACAAGCUGCCCAGCUCCCUACCAGGCUGGUUGGUGCUUUUUGACCAUCAGAGGUAGGUACA